AUGCCACCACCAACCCAACAAUCCCGCCCGUUCUUUUCAAACUUCCUCGCCGCCUUUCGUUCCUCACAGCUCUCCUCUACCCCGAUCAUAAGCAACACCUCUUCAUCCUCACAUCAAAAACCUCACACACAUUCCCAUUCCCAUUCACAUUCGCAUUCACAAUCCACACCCUCACAACCACGACAAAUAAGUACAAGCACAAAACCAAACGCUACAUCCAAUGCCAUCCGAGGAAUCGACCGCACUCUCACAAAUAGCAAUAGCGGAAGUAGUCCCAUAGGAAGUUACGAUUCGAGUCCUAGUCCCGGAGCAUCGAGUUAUCUCCACCAAAACCAAAACGCGAGUUCGAACCCAAACACAACGAAUCCUACUUCCCCACCUACAAGUUCGGGUUCAAAUAUGAAUCAGGCUGGGAAUGGAAAUUCAUCAUAUGCUCAUGCGAAUAAAUAUGGACGGUUCAAAACAUCGGCGGAUAGAAGGGGGAGUGAUAGUAGUUCGGAGGGUUUUAGAGAUGUGAUCGGGAAGGAGAAAUGGUAUAUUGGAGGUCGUACGCAAGGGGGGGAGGAGAGAUAUUUUCAGUUGGGAGUGGUGAGGAGGAGGAGAAGCGGGGGCGAAAUGAGUUUGGAUCGGUUGAGUUUGUGA